AUGUGGAGAGACGAGAGCGACCGCCCGCCGGACAAUCCGAGCGCGGAGGGCAACGGACUGCGCACGGUGAGCACGCUCACGCGCACUGCGCCGGACCCGCCGCACGGGGCGAGCCCGGGCGGCGGCGGCGGCGGCGGAGGGCACCGCGCGGGCGAGCACACGAUCCAGGUGGCGAUCACGGCCAACAUCGUGAUUUUCAUCGCCAAGCUCCUGGCGUGGGGCCACACGAGCUCCUCGUCGAUGGCCGCCGAGGCGAUCCACUCCGUCGUGGACGUCUUCAACCAGGUCCUGCUGCUCAAGGGCGUGCGCGCGGCGCGGCGCGUGCCCACGCAGCAGCACCCGUACGGCUACCUCAAGGACAAGUUCGUCUGGUCGCUCAUCUCCGGCGUCGCCGUCUUCUGCCUGGGUGGCGGCAUCUCUAUCGCGCACGGCCUGCAGGCGCUGAGCCACACCGCGCCGCUCGAGCACCUCGCGACGGGCAUCGGCGUGCUCCUCGUGUCCACGCUCGUCGAAGGCUACUCCCUCAGCGUCGCGCUCAAGGACGUCCGCACCGGUGCGCGCGCUGCCAACAUGGGCGUCUUGCAGUACCUACGCAAGGGCCGGGACCCGACGUCAGCGGCCGUGCUGCUCGAGGACGCCGCGGCCGUCACGGGCGCGUCCGUCGCGAUGGCCUGCACCAUCGCGUCGCACGUCACGGGCGUGACGGCCUACGACGCCGCCGGCUCGGUCAUCGUCGGCGCGCUGCUGUGCGCGACCGCGACCUUCCUCAUCCAGACGAACCGCAACGCGCUGAUCGGGCGCGCGAUGUCGCCCGAGGAGCGCCAGGCCGUGCUGGACGUCCUCCGGCGCGACGACGUCGUCGCCGCUGUCUACGACACGAAGUCCGAGGAGAUAGGGCCGGGGCUGUACCGGUUCAAGGCCGAGCUCGAGUUCAGCGGGGACAAGAUCGUGUCGCGGCUGAUGGAGCACUACGGGCGCGAGGAGACGCUCGCGCGCUUCCGGAAGGCCUGCGAGGCGGGGGGCACCGAGGGCAACUGGCGGCUGGAGCAGCUCCUGCGGGAGUUCGGGUCGGGCGUGAUCAGCGCAAACGGCGCGGAGAUCGACCGCAUCGAGUCGUGCAUCAAGAAGGCCGUGCCGGGCGUGCGGCACGUGGAUAUCGAGACGGACCGCGGACGGCUGUUCCGCAACUCGCCGAAGUGGCCGCAACUCGACACCAACGUCAGCCGCGCCCCGGACGUGUACAAGGAGAACGGCGCCCCCGUGGCGCCCCGGCUCGGCACGCCGUCUCUGCCAGGCAUUGAUCUGAGCGGACAGGGCCUCGGGCGCGGGUCGCUGGAUCAGGAGGAGGUCGGGCCCGGGUCUGGCAGGUAG